UAUAUCCAUGCAUACCUUAUAUCUAUGCAUGCAUACAUGUAAAAAAAAAAAAGUUAUAUGUAUGGACUUUUAACAAAUUUCGUUGCAAAACAAAUAUCUAGAGAAAUGUUACGCGACGUUCUUUUGCAUCUAUUAAUUAGUGCCGUAGGUAUAUUGAUUGGUAUGUCUGCGUUUUUUGUCUUGUUCAUCGUUUAUGGAAAUCAUGAAGUUGGAUUUUGGUCGAUAUUAGCAGGUGCCUUGGCUGGAGUUUGUUUUCACUUGCAUUGGGUAAAAGGCAAGGAAACUUUGGAAAGAUGGCAUACUAGAGUUACAUUACGAAAUUUAAAUGUUGUGGGCUUUAUAAGUGCUGUAACGGGCGUUACUGCACUAAUUUGGUAUCUGUUUCUUACGUUUUAUUACAAAAUUCCUAUUCGACCAAUUUCCGAGAGCACUGUCAUAACAGCGGUAUGGUCUAUGAUCUGUGGAAAAUGGGGUGUUACGUUAAUGUACUACUCAAACAAAUAUGAAUUAUUGAUCCAAGAGGGAGCAUCACCUAUACUUACAGAGAGCGCUUAAAACGUGACAUUGUUUAUACUUUUAUAUAAUAUGAUAUCGCUUUGUUACAAAAUAUAACAAAUGUAUCGUCCAAACGUA